UCCAAAACCCUAGUUUCUCUCCCUUUUCUUUUUCUCUAAAAAUAUGAGCUCGGCGGCGGCGGCGGCUUCUACAUCCAAAGCAUAGAGCACAAGCGCGGCGGCAUCGGGAGCAGCGCGCAGGGCCGGAAUUAGUUCCUUCUCUUCUCGGUUGCUGACGAUGAUAUAUUUUCUUAUAUGAGAUCUGAGAGCAAGGAGCCUACGAUUGGAGGUUUAUCUAGAGCUAUUGUUUCUUAGAAGUCUGGUUUCUGCGAUAUGAGAAACGAUGCCGAGGUGCAAGAAUGUCUCACAUAGACCGGGCAAGAGGCCGAGAGAGGGGGGAGAGAGUUCUCGUUCUGUAGCACCAUCCUUGGACUUUUCUGAGUGGGGAGUAGUUUAUAGAUUGGUUGGAGCUUCAGAGCCGAGCGCAGAGUCAGAGGAGUCUGAGUCAAAGACUCACUCCUCUGCUCACACAGAUCAGGUGGCGGCGACUGAGCUGUCAGUUACCGAUUCCCGACCCUCCAGAGCAUUCAGUUCCAGAGAUAGAUUCAGCGCGCUCGAGAGAGGGAUCGAGGAGUUGAGAUCCGAGCAGCGGGAGAUUUGAGUGGAGAUUCAAGCCGACCUGAGGGAUUUCAGGCAGGAGGUAGCAGCUCACUUUGGCCGGCUUGAGUCUUUGAUUCAGCAGUUUAUAUCAUCAUCUUCAUCAUCAUCUCACCGUUCUUCUCCAUCUGCUUCUCCAUCACCUUUGCAUCAAGAUUCACCCACCAUCGUGGCACCACCACAAGAUCAGCAGCCUUUGCAUCAGGAUCCACCCACCAUCGUGACACCACGACAAGAUCAGCAGCCUUUGUGUCAGGAUCCAUCCACCAUUGUGACACCACCACAAGAUCAGAAAUACAAUGCGAUUCCUGAAAUAAUUCAAGAUUUAGGAAGGUGAAUGACUACAAGGAGAGACUACCCCAAAGGUGCUCUUUGGAGACUAGCUGUUGAGGGGUUCAACAAACUACUGCUAGAAGAUGUUAAGACAAUCCAUCCAGUCUAUAAAAUGGAUCAAACAACAUAUAGAGUUCAAAGAGCACGGUUUUGGAAAGAAGUUGCUGAUGUAUAUGAAACAUUCCUUGUUGGUUCUUGUGGGUGGGCUUUUCCUUCUGACACACUGGCAGCUGAUGUACUCAAAGCUGAUGAGCUUAUUGAGAUCAAUUUUCUGAAUGUUCUCGGUGACAAAGUUCUCAUGGCACAAAUGGAUGCUCCAACUGAUAUUUUGCAACGGCUUGUCUCAACACUUGAUCGUUGCGCAUCUCGAACAGGCUGUUUAGGGCUUAUUCCUCCCAACUGUAGCAAGUUCUCCUUGAGUUGCUUGCAGAUGCUGUUUUCCUUGUGCAGUUAUAGUUCAGAGGACAAUUGGCACUCAAAAAGAUCUGUGGUUAGCAAGGUUUCAAUCCUUGUUCUGAUGAAAAGAUGUGAAUGCAUACUUGAGCGGUUUCUGACCGACGAAAAUGAUCUAGGUGGGACUCCACUCCCAGCAGUGAGAAUUGAAGAAACUAUUUGUGUCCUGCAAGAGCUUGCUCGGUUAAUCAUUCAUCCAGAUACAGCUUCUGCAUUGCAGUUGAAACCAUCCUUGAGAGGAGCUCUGGUAGAUAAUGAGAAACCUGGCGGGCGUGCUCUUCUAUUUGUUCUGCUUCCAUUAUUUUACAAACUUCAUGCUGCAAGGGAAACGCGUGUAAGAGAACUUGUAGACGGUGUUGCUUUCGACUCACCGACGCAGAGCUGGGACUGCAGAAAAGCUAGAUUUGGAGCAUGAUCAGAAAAAGCAGAGAAGAUCAGUUCUUGAUACCCCAUUAUUGAUUUAUCACUCCUGCUCAAGUUAAAGAACCACUGUGUGACACACAAGAUAUAUAUAUAUAUGUACAGCUAAAGUGGCUGGUUUUCCAGUGUAGUUAGUUGUGUAUUCGAGUUGUAUAUAGUAAAGAAAUAUAUUCAAAUGAAAUACUAAAUUUGGAAAUGAAGACUUCUGUGUUGAUCCUGCGCACUAUAAAUGAUGCCC